CGUAGUUUGAAUAACAACAUUUCCAGUUAACGUCAAACAUGUGAUUUCAUCCUUGAACACUUGAUGAAGGUUCAGUUUGAAUAAGGGACAGAUAACCACGAGGGGAGGAGUCUGCAGGUGCUUAUAUCAGAGGCUGUGGAGCUCAGCUGGACAUCACACUGGAAGCUCCAGACAGACGUCCAGACAACUCAGAGCUCAUCUACUCCUCUCUACUUCACCAGGUUGGAGACAUGUCCUCAGACCAGAUGACGGUGGCUGCCCUCGGGCGAUCUUUCACCCUCGGGGAUCUGUACGAUGCUUAUGCAGACGAAGUGAUAACAGGUCUCACACUGUUGGAUAACCCAAAUAUAAAGGAGGAGAACCAUCACAGCAGCAGCUUCUAUGUUUCUACAUCUGAUUCCAUUGCCGAGAAGUCCUCUCUGCUGGACAUCGAUGCCUCCAUGAAGGCCAGUUUUCUGGCCGGAAUGAUUGAAGUUGGAGGAUCAGCCAAGUUCCUGAAUGAUAAGAAGAAGUUGAAGAACCAGAGCAGAGUGACACUCCAGUACAAGGCUACCACCAAAUUUAAGAAGCUGUCAAUUUCUUGCGAUGAUGCCCAGAAAAUGCAAACCAAACUCUCUGGCUGCUCUGCGACACAUGUUGUCACGGGCAUCCUCUACGGGGCCAAUGCUUUCUUCGUGUUUGACAGCGAGAAGUUAGAUGCUAGCAAUGUUCAGGAGGUCCAGGGUGAAAUGCAAGCUACAAUAAAGAAGAUUCCUAAAGUUGAAGUUGAGGGUGGGAUUAAAAUCAAUCUGUCCGACAAAGAAAGGGAAUUGAGUGAGAAGUUGUCCUGUAGUUUCCAUGGAGACUUUCAUCUCAAAAAAAUUCCUUCAACGUUUAAAGCGGCAGUGGAGACCUACAUGGAGCUGCCCAGCCUGCUGAAGGAAAGCGAAGGGAACGGCGUUCCUCUGAAAGUUACGCUCACACCACUGAAGAUAUUUUUUGAUACCGCUGAAGAGCUGAAAGGAGAGAUCUGCCAGGGUCUGCUGAGGAAGGUUCAGAAUGCUAUGGAAGAUGUUAGAAAUGCAGAAAUAAGAUGCACUGAAUACCUGGAAUAUGAGGCGAUUAAGGGUUUCCCCAUCAUCUCCGACAACUUGAAAGAGUUCCUCCAGCUCUGCAGUGACUAUACAGCUAUGCUCAGGAGGACCAUGAAGGAAAAGUUUCCUGCCAUCCGUGCUGGUAAAGAGAAGGAUGCCUCGGUGGAGAAGUUGUUUGAUGACAGGAAGAUGUCACCAUUCAGUUCUGAUAACUUGGAAAACUGGAUGGAGAAAGAGGUCGAUAUCAUCCAGUCCUACGGUGGGAGAAUGAUAGCGGUUCCACAGGUAACGAUCGUCCUUGAACAGUCGGACAUGAAGAAUGAGGGUCGAGCUCGCGGUGUGGAUCACGUCCUCUGCUUUGUGUUCACCCUGGUGGAAAAAGAAGACCCCUUCCUCAAAGAGAUGACCCACUACUUACACUCUCACCAUGAUGACCACGACCACGUCCCCCCACCAGCUCAACAGCAGAUGCUCCUCUCAGGUAGAGAUGAAAACCAGAUGAGAAAAUCUGCAGAAGACUUCAUUAAUCUGGCGAAAGGUCUGAAGAGCAGCACCAGGUUCCGCUUCCUGGUGUCGGCUUUACCAGACAAGGAGCACCAAGGAGGAACCAUCUAUCACUUCAGGAGGACCGAGCUGAUCACCAGAAACUUCUCCAAGCCCGACAUCCCUGAUGUGGAGACUCUGACUGAUAAAAGCGAUUUGAUGUGGUACGCCUGUGAUCUGACCCUGGACCCAAAGACUGUGAACCACUACCUGAGUCUGUCAGAGGAGAACAAGAAGGCUUCCUGUGGACCAUGGCAGACGUAUGAUAACGACCCAGAGAGGUUUGAUAAACACCCUCAGGUUAUGUGCAGCGAGGGGCUGAAGGGGAGGCAUUACUGGGAGGUGGAGUGGAACGAGGCCUCAGGGAAUCACGUUGGAGUGGCUGUUACCUACAACAGAAUUGGAAGGAAAGGGAACGGUUAUGAUACAGAGUUUGGAAGUAACACCAUGUCCUGGUACUUCGGUGAAAAGAAAGGUUACUUAACUGCGUAUCAUUCCAGUCAGGCAUGGAGCAGCUCUGAUUAUUGUUCUGGAAGACGCAGGUUUGGGGUUUUUCUGGACUGGCCUGAAGGGACUCUGUCCUUCUACAGUGUCUAUGGUGACUCUCUGACUCACCACUACACCUUCCACACCACCUUCACAGAGCCUGUCCACCCGGCCUUCUGGGUUUACUCUCGUGGCAGCUACGCUGCCCUGAGUCCCAUCCAGUAACGGGUCAGGUUAGCAGCAAAUAGCUUCUACCCUUCACCCAAAGAAGUCACAGAGAAGGCAGCAAAUAACUUUUAGUUUCAUUUAAUCAAUGCAGGGAGGUUGUUUGGUAGACCAGGUACAGAGGAAGUGAGGGAAACUGGUGGAGGGAUGAAGGGUUCCUGUAGAGAAACCUUAGUUACAAUUUAGUAAAAUGUAGUAAAACAGUUUGAAGUGAUGCUUUUAGAUAUUUGCGUUGUUCUGAUGAGGUUUAACAUAACACACGUGUGGAUUUUGCUUUAGACAAACACAAAUUCUGAUAAGGUACAUGAAACACAUUCUCCUUGUUAAAGUAGACGGUGGCUGGUACAUUCUCCUGCACAUGAUAUGAAUCUACUUUAGUUUGUGAUGUUUGAUUAAAAGAUAAUGUGUUGAGAAUCUGAACUUUACCAUUGACAGGAUUUUUUUUUGGUUGUAUCUCUUUAAGGUUUCUUUUCUUUAAGUGUGAAGAGUGAAAUAAAAAAUAAACUCAGACAUGUUGGAUGCAUUUAAAGGAUCCACAUACGUGGUAUGAUGUUAUUUUCUGGUUGACACCUGUUGGAGACAAAUGUUCAAUAAAGUCGGGUCCUGAGCUGA